GUCUGGACGUACAUUCCUCCGUUGUAGUGACGGCACAUAGCGACCAAGUUGUUGGAGAAGUGACGGUAAUUCACACGAAGUAACACAGAUAAUGUCUUACAUGCACUCAAAAUGCCACGCAUUUACUUUUUUCGGGUUGCUCUACAGUUGUCUAAUAAUGUAAACUAUAAGGCUGUGCAAACAUUUAACUAGAGUGACCAGCUGUGAUUAUGAGUGUUGGCUAGUUAGCUAACGUUAGCUUUUAUUUCAUAAACUGCUGACAACUUGCACAACCAUGAGCCAAAAGACAACAACAACAACAGAGUCAGGAGAAAGCCCGAAGCUGUCGGCUCAGAGAAGUGAUGCUUUGAACCUAGACGCUUUUUCAGGAGACAUAGAGCUGAAGGUUUACAUCCAGGGUCCUGGGACUGAGACAAACAACAUUAAACAACUUCUAAACGAGUUUCAAGGACUUUACGAGCAGAGGUUCAGAUGCCUGGAGCUGGACACCACCGCAACCCGAGAAGACCUGCUGCAGAGGAAAGUGAAUUUCCUGCGGUCUUAUGUCAGUGACCUCACAGACCAGAACCAGGUGCUGGUUCAGACCAUUGAGGAUCUGCAGGAGGAAACUGACCACAAGGUUUCCAACUGGGCAAUGAAGCCACACACCUCUGCUCACAGUUUGGAAGACUUGAAUCAACAAAGGACAUCCCUGGAGCAAAGUGUGUAUGCUCUGCUCCGAGAAGAAAGAUCUGAGGUGUCUGCUGUUGAUUUGAAGACUAUUUUACUGGAUGAGCUUGUUGGACCUGCAGUUCACAUCCCAGACAGUACUGCUUCCUUGGUCCAGAUUGCAUCCGAGUUAGAAGACCUGAAAAUCCAGUUGCAAACCAAGGACAUCUUCAUCUCUGAUCUGGAGAAGGAGCUCAGGGAGAAUUUCCAGCAAAAGCAAAAGACUGCAACACAGGUGCUGGAAAGUAGUGAGAGGCUGGUGCACCUGCAGAGCGAGCUCUCUUGUCUGCAGCGGAUCCAGAAAGACAACAUGAAGGAGAUUGCUGAGAAAAACAUCUGCAUCACCAAGCUGCAAGCUAACAUUCAGCUGCUGCAACAAGAGGGGGCCGACACACAUGCUCAGCUCUCCAAACUGAGUGUGAGAGCGAAGGAGCUUCAGCAGGAUGAGCUGAAGAGAAAAGAGGAGGAAUGGAGGCAAAGAGAAGAGGAACAGAGACUGAAACAUGAAAAGGAGAUUCAACAAGCAGAGGAGAGGAGAAGGCAGGAGCAACAAACAAGAGAGGAGGAGGAGUGGGUGAAGAAAGUGGAGGAGGAGAGGAAGAGGCAGGAGUGGAAGAGGGAGCGUGAGGAGGAGAGAAAGACCCUUGCUGAAGCUGUUAAAAAGUGGUCUGAGAAGGCAGCUAUUUUGAAUUCUGAGUUGAAGGUCAGCAGGAAGCAGGUGGAGCGACAGAACAGGGAGCUGUCAGAGUCUCACCAGAAGGAGGAGACGCUUCUCUCUGAGGCCGAGGCCAAAAUGGUGUCUUUGAGGUGCGAGCUCACCGCCUUAUUUGAUGGAAUGAUGGAGAAGAAAGGGGUGAGGAUAAACCAACUAACUGAAGAGCUGAAUGCAGUGACUCAAAAGAUGAAAGAGAGAGAAGAGCAUGUGAGGCACCUGGACCAGGAUGUGGUUGGUUUGCGAGCCACACAGGACUCUCUAAAGAGAACCUUGGCUAUGAAGGAGGAACACACACAACAGCUGGUCCAAGACAACACGCAGCUCAAAGAAAGCUUGGCUUCACUGCAGAGCAAACUACAAACGAGCGAGUGCAUGUUGAGUGACAUCAGUGAAUCCCUGGAUCAGGCCAAAAUCGCCCUGAAUGCGGAAAGACAGCAGAGGCAGCAGAUCCAGGACCAGUUGCACCAUGCCAACAAAGAGAUGGAGCGUCUGCGGCAGGAACUGACACAUGUGCGUCACACCAGUGAAAAGAAGAUCCAGAAGAGGGAGAUUAAGAUGUGCGUGAUGAUGAAAGAGCUCACAGAGAGUAAGAAGCAGCACUCUGAAUGUCAGAACGAGUUGCUCCGAAGAGAGAAAGCUUCUGAGAAACUGUACGAGGAGAGGGAUGAACUGAUAGCCAAGAUGGAGGACCGGGGCAGAGAGUGUGUCCACCUCAACCAGACCAAAGACAGACUGGAGGCGGAUUUGGCUCUGAGCCAUGAGAAACUCCACACCUCACACCUGGAGGUUCGAAGCAGAGAUCAGUUAAUUCUGCAGUUGAGAGCUGAAAUGAAAACAGCUGAACAAAAGCAUCAAAGGACACAGGGACAGGUGGCAGCGCUGGAGGGUGAGUUAAGCCACUUGAAACCCAAGGUCAGAGGACACCAGGAAGAGGCCUGUCAGUUAAGAGAAAAGGUCAGAGGUAUUGAGCGCCUUAAAGACCAGAAGGAGAAAGAACAACAGCAGCUACACGAUCAGCUCCGUAUUAGUCAGCAACAGGUCGAGACAUUUGAAGGGAAGCUAAAGGAGCAGGAGGUUGAGAUGGGACUUCUUCAUCAGCAGCUUAAAGGAGCCAAGGAGGAGCUGAAAGAUGCCCAGGGGCAGAAAGAAACUGCAGCCAUCUUUAAACAAAAGUACACAGCAGCAAUAGAGAAGGUGCAUAGGGUGCAAGAGCAUGUGGAACUUUUGGAUGAGGAGCUACAGUAUUCACAGCAACAGCUAAGAGAGUCCCAAUCAGCAACUCAGUCGGUGAAGGAAGAGCUAGCUGAGAUGGUGAAGCGGUACCAGGAAAAGGUUGGCCAAUGGGAGAAUGCACAGGAGGCUCUUGACCAGUUGACAGAUGAGCUCCAGGCCAAUCAGAAUCUGCUGAAGGAGAGUCAGCAAAAAGUGGACCUUCUCAAAGGUCUUAUAGGAUCACUGCAGGAACAGGUGGACACACUCAAACAGCAGAAACUGAUGUUGGAGUGUGACCUACAGCUGUAUCAGCAGAGUCAUUCUCAUUCUGACGAGGAGUAUCUCAGCCUGUUGAGACACAGACAGCAGCUGCAGAAGCGCUGUACCGAGCAGGUUGAGGGCCUUGCGGAGUGUGAAAAGGCUAUUCUUCAGAUGAAGUCAGAGCUGCAGAGACAAACCCAGGAAAAAGUGGGUCUGAAGCAAAGUCUUGUUGCGUCUCGCCGUACGCACAUCAGCAAUCGCAGCCAGCUGGAACAGGAAGUGCUAUGUUUGAAAAAGGAAGUUACACGUUUAGAGCUUGAGCUGUCAGACACCCAAAAGGUACAUGUGGCACUUCUGAGACAGUCAGAGGGGGAGCUGAAGGAGGCCAGACGAGAGGCGGCGAGAAGGAGCAACGAGGUGGGUGUGCAGAGAGGAGAGGUGCAAAGACUUCAGGAAGAGUUACAAAAGUGGGAGGAGGAGAUGAGGAGUGCCAUCAGAGAGAAACAGAGUCUCAGCAGUCACAUCAGGCGGUUGAACCAAGAGCUGGAGGAGCUACGCAGCAAGCACAAAGUGACAGUGGAGGAGUUGGCAGCCCGUGCAGAGGAGGCGAGGCGGAUGGAGGGGUGCCUGAAUGAGGGAAAGCUAGCAGAGGAGAAAAUAAGGUCAAUGGCUGUGAGGCUGGAGACGGAGGUGGCAGAGCUCAGGAGGAAUCUGCAGCAUGCUGUCGAUCACAAACUCAAGGCAGAGCGAGAGAAACAGGACGCACAGGACCAGGUGGAUACACUCCGGUCAGAGCUGGAGGGGACAUGGUCUGACAAUACAAACCUUCGCCAUGAGAGCCAGCUGGUCAUGACGAAUGUCAACAGUUGGAUUACUGAACAAAAGGCUUCCAAUGAGAGCAUCAUUGCCCAGAUGAAGGCCCAAAACAAGCUGCUGCUCAUCAUCACUGAAGAAAAAGAACAUCUUCAGGAGGCUAAUGACACAUUGAAGGCGGAGGUAAAGAGACUGAAAGAAGUGGCGGAUGAGAAGGAGAGAGACACGGAACGCUUCAAGGCCCAGAUUCGAGACCAGGGCACCCGGCAAGACGAGAGAACCAUGGAAACACAGGGUUGUGUGGCUCUAAACCUCAGCAAAAUCGAGGACAUGCAGACAAGACUGCGACACAACCUGGAGGCCAUCGGAAUGCUAAAUCAACAAUUAAACGCCCUCAGCAGGGAGAAUAAGCAGUUGCGUAGGCAGCUGGAGGAGGAGAGGUCCAUGCGACUGCUCCUUCCUCCUCCCACCUCCCAACAGCGCUCCUUCUCCCGCCCACCUCCUCCCUCCGCCUCCCUACCCUCAUCCCUCCGCCUCCCUCAUCCCCUGAACCUGGACACAGCAGCGGGAGACACUGACAGGACUGUAAACCAAACCAAGCUGAGCAGUACUAGGCUAGAGAGACCAGGUGAGUCCCAGGCUUUGGGUGAAGCGUUCUGGAUUAGGCCGCCUGGCUCUGCCUCCCUGGAAGAUGCUCUGUCUGGGAGGACAAGCAGGGAUCUGACCAAGUGAAGCCCCCUGAAGACUCUGACCUGUCAUGACUUUUUGACCUCCAGCUGCUCACCAGGGAGUGUACUCAGUAUGAGGUUAAUGUCCUGCAGGUCAAAGUCAAGUCCCUGAGUGCUUUUUGCCUGAGGGGGCCUCCAGAACCAGUGAAUGAUGGAAUUCCAUCAAAUCGAAAUCUCAAAAAUGUCUACUACAUCAUGAAGACAUUUACUCCAAGAUAUGAACAUAUUCACAUUUCUUACUUUUAAAAAAAUGAAUUGGUUGCAUCCUCAAAGUGUUGCAAUGCUCUGAGCAGUGUUGGUUUAUAACAUUUGCAAUUACUUCUUCUUUUGCAACAAAACUGUAGCACUAAGCACUAAAAUAUUGUUUGUGUCUGUACCUUUUUAAAAAUUCCAUCAGUUCUGAGAAACUAUAAUCAAUUUAAUUCCACUUAAAUGAACUAAACAGAACAAGUGACUAACUCCAAAUUCUUUAGUGUUGAUGAAUGUGUCUCACACUGGAGAUGGAAGCUGUGGAUAAAUGAGGGACGGCAGAUCAUCAGGAUCCACAGACAUACCUCAGAUGUUGAUGCGAAUGGCUAUAACACAGUCUCUGAUUAUGCUGCAGCUGUGCGCCAUGUGUCCUCCAUCUACUGCGGUGAAUGUGGCCGUGUGUCUUUAUGUGUGAGUACGUUAUGUGUCUGCGUGUUUAUGUCUCUCUGUGAGUGCUUGUGUGUGAUUGAAUGUUGAUUAUUGUAGAUGCUGUUUUAUAUUUUUGUUUUAUUCUUUAAAAACUAUUUAUUGAUCUUUUUUUCCCCUCUGUUGCUGUGUUUAAGCCCCGCGUGUCAUAAAGGUGGAAAAAUAAAAACAGAUACAUUUGUAAA